AUGGCACCUCCAGCAAUCCUCCCCACUCGCCGCCUUGGCAAGACCGGCCCUGAGAUCACCGCCCUCGGCGUAGGACUAAUGGGCCUCAGCGUGGCCUACGGCAAGCCUGGAUCCGACGAAGAGCGUCUCGCAUUCCUCGAUCGUGCCUGGGAGCUCGGCGCCACGGACUGGGACACGGCCGACGCCUACGGCGACAACGAAGACCUCAUUGGCAAGUGGUUCGCGCUGCACCCCGAGCGCCGCGCCGGUAUCUUCCUGGCGACCAAGUUUGGCGUGCGCGGGGAGAUCAGGAACGACGGGACCUUUAGCAUCAGGAUUGAUAGCUCGCCCGAGUACUGCCGCGAGGCGUGCGAGCGCAGCUUGAAGAGAUUGGGCAUCGGGAGUAUUGACUUGUACUAUAUACACCGCCUGGAUGAGACCACGCCCAUCGAGAAGACGGUUGAGGAGAUGGUUAAGCUGAAGAAGCGAGUCGACGGCAAGGUGAAGGCCUUUGGCAUCUCUGAGUGCUCUUCAACCACCCUCCGCCGCGCCUACGCCAUCCACCCCAUCUCAGCCGUGCAGGUAGAAUACAACCCAUGGUCCCUCGAGAUCGAAGGCCCCGCCGGCACAGACCUCCUCAAGACAUGCCGCGAACUCGGCGUCACGACCUUUGCCUACUCGCCGCUCGGCCGCGGCAUCAUGACGGGCCGUUACAAGUCGGCGGACGACUUUGAGGAGGGCGACUUCCGCCGCCAGCUGCCGCGGUACACGGGCGACAAUUUCAAAAAGAACACGCAGCUCGUGGAGGAGUUUGCCGCCGUCGGGCGCGAGAAGCACGGCUGUUCUGCGGGGCAGCUUACGCUUGCUUGGCUGCUUGCGCAGGGCGAGGAUGUGGUGCCGAUCCCGGGGACGAAGAAGAUCCAGUACUUGGAGGAGAAUAUGGAGGCUUUGAAGGUUGUGUUGGGCAAGGAGGAGGAAAGAGAGUUAAGGGCUUUGGUUGAUGCUGCGGAUGUGCAGGGUGAUCGAGGUGCGGCGUUUGGCAACUAUUCUGAUUCGCCUGCUCUCUGA